AUGACUUCCAGCAUCCCCGGGGAAUUGAGGGGCGUCACGCUUCAUCUCCCCAAUGUCCGUGGCAUGAUCCCAUCCAUCCAGGCAUCUCGCAUGAGGACCAUGAUCCUCGAGUCUUAUCGUGAUCCGGCAAAGAUCGCUGCUCAUGUGUGCACUUAUGAUGGACUCACUUCGCGUCUUGCUGAAGAGGCUGGGUUCCCUUUCGUAUUCCUUGCUGGAUAUGCCGUGGCAAGUUCGUAUGGUCUUCCGGAUACCGGAUACAUCGCCCUGCAGGAAGUCUGCGACAAGAUUCAAGAGGCCGUCCGUCAAGUCUCAGUUCCCGUCAUGGCAGACGGCGAUACGGGAUAUGGCUCGCCCAUGAACGUCAAGAGGACUGUGGAAUCCUUUGCCCGUGCUGGUGCUGCUGGCAUCAUGAUCGAGGACCAGACUUGGCCGAAGCGGUGUGGCCACACAAAGGGCAAGUCUGUCGUUUCGAGAGGCGAGGCUUUUGCCCGUAUGAAGGCUGCCGUGGAUGCCCGAGAUGAAGGGCUCGACAUUGUCAUCCAGGCACGAACAGAUUCUUACAACACCCACGGCUGGGAAGAAGCCAUCUAUCGCGCCAACAAGUUUCUCGAAAUCGGCGUAGACCUUGUCUUUAUCGAGGCUCUUCCCGACAGAGACACAAUGAUCCGUGCCGUGAAAGAGGUCAAGGGCCCCCUGUGCGCAAACAUCAUCGAGGGCGGUCUCACCGAGAACAUGUCAGCUAAAGAUCUUGCUUCCAUCGGUAUGGUCACCGUAGCCUAUCCCUGGACGCUCGUAGCAGCACAUCUGAGGAGCACGAGGGAGGCUCUCGAGUCGUUGAAGAAGAGCUUCUCUAUCGGGAAGCCGGAGCAGAUUCUAAGCUAUGAAGAGGUUUGCUAUGGAGUCGGGUUCAACAAGUACUGGGCAUUGGAGGAGAGGUACAAGUAUGAUACCAAUGGUUUGACGAAUGGGGGGGAAAAGUCAGGCCAGAAUGGCACGAGUGCGUAG